AUACGCCGCCUUCACCAUGCUGAUCAAAGUUAGAACACUCACAGGCAAGGAAAUCGAGCUGGAUAUCGAGCCGGACUAUAAGGUAUCCCGCAUCAAAGAGCGCGUAGAGGAGAAGGUGGGAAUUCCACCGGUGCAGCAACGGUUGAUAUUUGGCGGAAAGCAGAUGGCAGAUGAUAAAGCUGCGUCGGAGUAUAACCUUGAAGGAGGAGCAACGCUACAUCUGGUUCUAGCUCUACGAGGAGGACAGUAA